AGAACACUCCAGAAAGAAAUUAGGUCUUUGAAAAGGAGACGAGGGAGAUCAACCACAACUCUUAAUCUUGACACCUUCAUUUUACAGCACUCAACACUCACAUCCACCAUGACCGACGUGACCAUCCCCGAGGACUACAUCCCCAUUGUCGAGGGCCGUCUCUGGAAGAAGAUCCUCCGCGAGGGUUCUGGCGAAUCUCCCAUGAAGAACUCGAAUGUCAAUGUCCAUUAUGUCGGUACCCUCUUCGACAACGGAGACAAAUUCGACUCGUCUCGCGACCGUAAUUCGCCCUUCAACUUCAAACUUGGCGUCGGUCAAGUUAUCAAGGGAUGGGACGAGGGUGUCAAGACCAUGAAAAUCGGAGAGUUGGCCGAGCUCGUCUGCUCCCCCGAAUACGCCUACGGCGCACAGGGAAGCCCACCAAAGAUCCCCGCCAAUUCUACACUGAAGUUCGAGGUCGAACUGCUUGGAUUCCAGGAGUCCGCAGAUAACCCUACCGCCAAGCUCGCUCUUGCCAAGAAGAAGAAGGAUCAAGGAAAUGCGUCGUUCAAGAGUGGCGAGAACGGUCCUGCUGCCCAGGCAUAUAAGGACGGUGCCGAUGCGCUGAAGGAUUUGGAUGGCGCAACAGAGGAACAGCUUCAGGAGGCAACACCUCUCCAAGUCGCCUUGUUGGCCAACUUGGCAGCCGCAUACUUGAAGUUGAACGAGAACGGAAAGGCGGCCGAGGCAUGCCAGCAGGCAUUGGAGAUUCAGCCAGACCAUGCGAAGGUGACAUAUCGACUUGCCCAGGCAUACCUGGGAUUGAGCGAGUUCGAGGACGCCAAGAAGGUUGCCCAGCGCGGGCUGGAGAUUGCACCCGGUGAUGCCACGUUCACGAGCCUUUUGAGCUCAAUCAGCGCCAAGCAGGCUGCCUUUAAGAAGAAAGAGAAGGCUGCAUACAGCAAGAUGUUUAGCUAGACGGGUUGUUCUUAGAAUGACAGACUGUCUCGUAAAAAAAUAAAUGGAGGGAGAUCCUUUGACUCUCCAAUUGCACGCGUCCC